CCGUCAUCAUGUCGCCUACGCUUUCACAGAAGUACCUGAGCACACGGGGGGGCUCCUACGGGCUGUCGUUUGAGGAUGUGGUGUUGAAGGGGCUGGCCUCGGACGGCGGUCUGUUCAUUCCCGAGGAGAUUCCUGCCCUUCCUAGCAACUGGGAGACCGAGUGGCGGGAUCUGAGCUUCGAGGAGCUCGCCUUCCAGGUCCUGUCGCUGUACAUCUCGUCCGCCGAAAUCCCCUCCGAAGACCUCAAAGAUAUCAUCCGCCGCUCAUAUUCGACCUUCCGCCACGCCGAGCGCACCCCCGUGGUCGAGCUGGACCCCAAGCGCAAUCUCUACCUGCUGGAGCUGUUUAUGGGCCCAACCUUUGCCUUCAAGGACGUUGCGCUUCAGUUCCUCGGAAACCUUUUCGAGUACUUCCUGGUCCGUAAGAACCAGGGCAAGGAGGGCAAGGACAGACACCACCUGACUGUCAUCGGUGCCACCAGCGGUGACACCGGUUCUGCCGCCAUCUACGGCCUCAGGGGUAAGAAGGAUGUGUCCAUCUUCAUUCUGUUCCCCACCGGGAAGGUCUCUCCGAUCCAGCAGGCCCAGAUGACGACCGUCCUGGACGCCAAUGUGCACAACCUCACGGUCGAGGGCUCCUUUGACGACUGCCAGGAUAUCGUCAAGGCGCUUUUCGCCGACGCCGAUCUCAACUCCACGCACAACGUUGCGGCCGUCAACUCGAUCAACUGGGCCCGUAUCCUGGCCCAGAUGACCUACUACUUCUACGCCUACUUCUCCCUGAUCAAGUCCCCUAGCUACAAGGCAGGGUCCCCCGUGCGCUUCGUUGUCCCGUCGGGCAACUUCGGCGACAUCCUUGCCGGCUGGUUCGCCAAGAGCAUGGGCCUCCCCGCCGAGAAGCUCGUCAUUGCCACCAACGAGAACGACAUCCUCGACCGCUUCUUCCGCACCAACGGCCAGUACUCCAAGACCGCACAGGCUGGCGGCGUCAAGGAGACUCACAGCCCCGCCAUGGACAUUCUCGUCAGCAGCAACUUCGAGCGUCUCCUGUGGUUCCUCGCCUUCCAGGCGGACGGAUCCAGCUCCGCCGAGGAGAAGCGCAAGCACGCCUGCGAGGCCGUCAGCGGCUGGCUCACCCAGCUGAAGACCAGCGGCAGCUUCAACGUGUCCGAGGCGGUGCUGAACGGCGCCAAGGUCGAGUUCGAGAGCGAGCGCGUCAGCGAUGAGGACACCAUCGAGACCAUCCGCUCGACUUACCGCUCCUGCUUCCCGCCCAACCUGGGCCCAGGCAGCGCCAAAAGCUCCAAGACGGGCGGCUACAUCGUUGACCCGCACACCGCCGUCGGCGUCGCCGCCUCCCUGCGCUCCAUCCAGCGCAACCCGGCCGCCAGCCACAUCUCCCUCUCCACCGCCCACCCGGCCAAGUUUGCCAGCGCGGUCGACCUCGCCCUCCGCGACGAAGACGGCUACAGCUUCCCCGAAGUCCUUCCCCAGGAGUUUGUCGGUCUGGAACAGCGUGAAAGCAGAGUCACCCCUGUCUCCGGCAAUGUCAGCUGGGAGGUCGUCCGGGAAAUUGUCAAGGCCGAGGUCGAGCAGGAGCUCCAGGGCUUACGUUGAAAACUGUUUUUAUAUAUGAAUAGAUUGAAACUAGAUAGGCUAUCGGUUUUUUUUUCUCUUUCUUUCGACAUGAGAGUUUUCAACAAAAAUGUCCAGAUAGUUAUGAAUAGAUGAUAUAUGGAGCGCUUUCAACCAGUGACUCCCAUUGUGCUGUCCUGGCGCUUGAAUAUCGAACAUUUGAUAUAGACUCACGUCUUAUCUUAAAAAGCAGACAAAACCAUCAAGUUGUCAUCGUUGAACCUUCAAGUCCAUCAAUUCUUCGAUAUGAAAGAUUUGUGUGUCUGUCUUGAGAGUCAAAAAGAUCAUGCCGGCUUGUUAUUCCUAGAUGAGAUGCGAAAUCUAUUUGGUCUAUAGCAGUAAUUAAGAUAGAAAAUUACCAUUUUAA